AUGUCUCAGCAAGCUACCGUCGCAUCCAACACGCGCCCCUACUCCGACUUACCCCCUAUCUGUGCUCAGUUCUUUGAAGCGAAGGCUCGCAGUGGCAAAACCUUCGCUGACAUAGGCAAGGCUAUCGGGAGGGACGAAGUAUGGGUUGCGUCUGCCUUCUACGCCCAGGCAAAGUUGGAGAAGAGCGACAUCGAGGCACUUUCCAAGGAGCUCGGAAUCAACUCUGUCGCCAUCCAGGCUGAGCUCGGCGAGCACUGGUGGCCCGAUCGCGGACUCGGACCGGCCCCUCCGAGUGAUCCCGUUCUCUAUCGUCUGUAUGAGGGUGUGAUGGUCUAUGGCCGUCCGAUCAAGGCUAUUAUCCAUGAGAAAUUCGGGGAUGGAAUUAUGUCGAUGAUCGACUGUAAAGUUACGGUCGACCGGAAGCCGGACCCGAAAGGCGAUCGUGUUCAGCUUCUCUUCGAUGGAAAGUUCUUGCCGUACAGCAAGUGGUAA